AUGACGACUCGCGCCAUGGAGUCUCAUACGAACGGCGAGCCUCCAACAAAGAAGAGGCGCUUCUUCACAGAUCCAGACGAAAUUGUCCGCCCCUCAGACGCGUCUGGCUCGGCAGCAUCUCCUCCUGGACCAUCUUCGAAGCCACGCUUCUUCAAAGAUGCCAACGCAGAUGCACGUCCUUCAGAUGUAGAUCAGACAGGUCAGAGGGGACUACUGGCACAACAAGAGCCGGAACCUGCCGAUCAUGCCUCCUCGACAGCCGAACCUGGCCCAUCGAAUGCAGGCAGUGCAUCCUUAGUCUUUGAUCAGGAGACCUUCGAAAGCUUUGUAGGGGACAAAGUCCAGCCUGAUGUCCUCGAGCUGAUCCGUGACAAUUGUGGAAAUGAUAUCGAAAGAGCUGUCAACAUGUACUUCGACGGCACAUGGAAGAACUUUAAGAAGAAGGCAAAGCCCACAAGCGUCCAAAAGACGAUAUCUAGGAAUCCCAAGCCACAGGAACCCGAGCCUCCUGACGAUCGGUCGAACGCAACUCUUCUAUCUACCCCGGACUCUCGCUAUAUUGGCUCUUUUGGUGUGGAAGGCUGGGCAACAAGGAGCGGAGCGAACCUCCUAAAAUACGGAGACACUGUCAAUAUCGAGCGUCAAAAGACCCAGCCUUUGAAGAGGCAACGAGUAGAUGUCAUCGUCAGGUUUACAAAUGAUAAGGGCAUGGAGGUUGGACGUCUGGCAAAGGACAGCGCCAACUGGAUUUCUACCCUGAUGGAUCAAAAGUGUUGCAAAUUCGAUGCGACAUGCGUGUACGCUCCCGAACGCUUGAGGACAAACGACACCGUCUUCAUCCAACUGCGUUGCUCUUUUCUCAAAAGUGCAUUCCACAGGCCAGGCUUCAAAAUGCCUGACAACCGAACAACAGGUCUCUAUGAAGAAAAGGAGACGACCGAAGAACGGGAUCUGCGCCUGAGACAAGUUGCGCUGGUGAGGCUAUUCCAGGAAAUUAAUCUGAAUCCGACGAAAAUCAGCGCUGCCGCUGCUCGGCACUCACGUCAAGGCCUGCUGGAUGCCGCCGAACUUGCCGAGAAACAGGAGAAGGAGCCGGCCAAAACAAAAAAGUCCGACAAGGACGACAAGAAUGGCUCCUCGACUCCGUCAGAGGAUGAAGACGGCACCGAGUUAGAACAGGACCAGCUCGAUUCCCUGUACAAAAAGGCGCAGUCCUUUGACUUUGACACGCCCGAAGCGGAGCCGGCCAAGACCUUCGCCAUGACCCUUCGUCCCUACCAGAAGCAGGCCCUUCAUUGGAUGCUGUCAAAAGAGAAGAACGAGAAGGAGAAGAGACGGGAAGUGUCUAUGCAUCCACUCUGGGAAGAAUAUGCUUGGCCGAUCAAGGAUGCAGAUGACAAGGACCUACCCCGUGUUGCCGACCAGCCCUGCUUCUAUAUGAACCCAUACUCUGGGGACUUAUCACUCGAGUUCCCUGUCCAAGAACAGAACUGCCUCGGCGGCAUACUUGCCGAUGAAAUGGGCUUGGGUAAGACCAUACAGAUGUUGAGCUUGGUUCAUUCGCACAGGUCGGAAGUUGCCGUCGAGGCCAGGAAUAGCUCCAGGAAUGGUGCUGGAUCCGUCAACAAUCUUCCUCGCCUACCUUCAUCAGCAGCCGGAGUUGUCUCGGCCCCUUGCACUACUCUGGUCGUGGCUCCCAUGUCUUUGCUGGCCCAGUGGCAGAGCGAGGCUGAGAACGCAUCCAAAGAGGGAACUCUAAAGUCAAUGGUGUACUAUGGUAGUGACAAAGUCGCUGAUCUUCGAACCCUUUGUUGUGAGGCCAACGCAUCCUCUGCACCCGAUGUCAUCAUCACCAGUUAUGGCAUCGUACUCUCCGAGUUCACUCAAAUCGCGUCCAGGGGUGGCAGUAUGGAUGGUCACCGCGGGCUCUUUUCUCUGAACUUUUUCCGGGUCAUUCUUGACGAGGCCCAUAAUAUCAAGAACCGCCAGUCUAAGACUGCCAAGGCCUGCUAUGACAUCUCUGCCGAACAUCGAUGGGUUUUGACCGGCACACCUAUCGUGAAUAAGCUUGAGGAUCUAUUCAGUCUCGUCCGCUUCCUCAGAGUCGAACCGUGGAACAACUUCUCUUUCUGGCGCACAUUCAUCACUGUGCCUUUCGAGGCGGGUAAUUUCGUUAAAGCGCUAGACGUUGUGCAAACUGUGCUGGAACCUUUGGUGAUGCGGCGCACAAAGGAUAUGAAAACACCCGAUGGCACGCCUCUCGUGGACCUGCCUCCAAAGAGCAUCGAUGUUGUCGACAUUGAAUUAUCAGAUACCGAAAGACAGGUCUACGACUAUGUCUACACCCGCGCCAAGAAGACUUUCCAGGAAAACGUUCAAGCAGGAACUGUCAUGAAGGCUUUCACCACAAUUUUUGCGCAGCUCUUGCGUCUGCGACAGACAUGCUGUCACCCGAUUCUUGUCAGAAAUCAGGACAUUGUAGCAGAUGAAGAGGAGGCUGGAGCUGCAGCCGACGCUGCGGCGGGUCUUGCUGACGACAUGGAUCUCUCUUCGCUGAUCGAGCGCUUCACUGCUGAUACUGAUGAUGAGAAGGACGCAAAUGCUUUCGGUGCACAUGUCCUUGAGCAGAUCCGAGACGAGGCCGCCAAUGAGUGCCCUAUCUGCUGUGAGGAACCAAUGAUUGAGCAAACGGUCACAGGUUGUUGGCACUCGGCGUGCAAAAAGUGUCUACUGGACUACAUCAACCACCAGACAGAUCACCACGAAGUACCAAAAUGCUUCAACUGCCGUGAGGUCAUCAACUCUCGGGACCUUUUCGAAGUUGUUCGCCAUGAUGACGACCCGGAGCUCAAAACCGGCCAGACGACACCGCGCAUCAGCCUCCAACGCGUCGGUGUCAACGCCUCUUCAGCCAAGGUUGUCUCGCUGAUCAAGCAUCUCCGAGCCCUGCGCAGGGAGAAUCCCAAUAUGAAGUCGGUAGUUUUCAGCCAGUUUACGUCUUUUAUGACGCUCAUCGAGCCAGCCCUGGAGAAAGCCAACAUGCAGUUCCUCCGGCUGGACGGCUCGAUGGCUCAAAAGGCCCGCGCGGCCGUGCUAGACAAGUUCCGGGACAGCAAGAAGUUUACAGUGCUCCUACUCAGUCUCAAGGCGGGUGGGGUCGGCCUGAAUCUCACAAGCGCCAAGAGGGUGUUCAUGAUGGACCCGUGGUGGAGUUUCGCGGUCGAGGCGCAGGCCAUCGACCGUGUGCACCGGAUGGGACAGGAGGAAGAGGUCAAGGUGUACCGUUUCAUCGUGAAGGAUAGUGUGGAGGAGAGGAUGUUGAAGGUACAGGAGAGAAAGAAGUUCAUUGCUACAUCUCUGGGAAUGAUGAACGACGAGGAGAAGAAGAUGCAGCGGAUCGAGGAUAUCAAGGAGCUAUUGAGCUAG